GACGUGAUGUCAGUGUCGGAAACGCUGUUAGAGGGGAGUAAUGCACGUGUCGAAGGGAGCUAUUGAAAGAAUAUGACCGCUGAGUUCUGGCUGAUAGAUAAGCUUUUAUACCGACAUUAUCUGUUUCGUUUCCAACCGUUAACAAUCAAGACAACGGUAAUCUUCUCGGCUGCUCAGAAGUGCGCGGAGCAGGACAACGGUUGGACAGUUAACUGAGUGAGAAGCAGAGCAAUUAACGAGGCGAAGGAAGACAGUUCUCGGUCUCUGUUCCCGGGCCUGUGUGUGUGUGUGUGUGUGUGUGUGUGUGUGUUUGUGUAGUCGCUCGUUGCCUUAGUAGCUUGUUAAGUUUAUUUCUUAUUAAAGACUGAAGGACUGGCGAGGGUUAUUUGAACGUCAUGGCGGACUACCUGAUCAGUGGGCAGACCGGUUACGUCCCUGAUGACGGGCUGUCGGGACAGCAGCUGUUCAAUGGAGGAGACGGGCUGACAUACAACGACUUCUUGAUUCUGCCAGGUUACAUCGAUUUCACAGCAGACCAAGUGGACCUGACCUCAGCGCUCACAAAACAAAUCACCAUGAAAACUCCCCUCGUCUCCUCUCCCAUGGACACUGUCACAGAGGCCAACAUGGCCAUCGCUAUGGCACUAACGGGCGGCAUCGGUUUCAUCCACCACAACUGCACUCCAGAGUUCCAGGCCAAUGAAGUUCGCAAAGUCAAGCGUUAUGAGCAGGGCUUCAUCACGGACCCUGUGGUGAUGAGCCCCAACAAGUGCGUACGGGACGUCUUCAAGGCCAAGGCUCGCCACGGCUUCUGCGGAAUCCCCAUCACAGACAACGGCAAAAUGGGCGGCAAGCUGGUGGGCAUCAUCUCUUCCAGAGACAUCGACUUCCUGAAGGAGGAGGACCAUGACCUGCCACUGAGCGAGGUGAUGACAAAGCGAGAGGAUCUAGUGGUCGCACCUGCUGGAGUGAUGCUGAAAGAAGCCAAUGAAAUCCUUCAGAGGAGUAAGAAAGGUAAAUUGCCCAUUGUGAAUGAAGAGGGCUCCCUGGUGUCCAUCAUCGCCCGCACAGACCUGAAGAAAAACAGAGACUUUCCUCUGGCCUCCAAAGACUCCCGCAAACAGCUACUCUGUGGUGCUGCCAUCGGCACCCACAACGAUGACAAGUACCGACUGGACCUGCUGGUGCAGAGUGGUGUGGAUGUGAUUGUACUGGACUCAUCUCAGGGCAACUCAAUCUUCCAGAUCAACAUGAUCAAAUUUAUCAAAGAAAAGUAUCCAAACCUACAGGUCAUCGGAGGCAAUGUGGUGACUGCAGCUCAGGCUAAGAACCUGAUUGAUGCAGGAGUGGACGCGCUAAGAGUGGGAAUGGGCAGUGGGUCCAUCUGCAUUACACAGGAAGCUCCCCCCAGUGUACCACCAGCAAUAAAGCUCCACAGCCCCAAAACCCCAACUACUGUUACGGGAUACUCCAUGCUGGCAUGCGGCAGACCCCAGGCUACAGCUGUCUAUAAGGUAUCAGAGUAUGCCAGGCGUUUCGGUGUGCCGGUCAUCGCUGAUGGCGGCAUCCAGACUGUUGGGCACAUUGCCAAAGCCCUGGCACUGGGAGCAUCCACAGUGAUGAUGGGCUCUCUGCUGGCUGCCACCAGUGAAGCUCCUGGUGAAUAUUUCUUCUCUGACGGCAUCAGGCUGAAGAAAUACCGUGGCAUGGGUUCCCUGGAUGCCAUGGACAAAAACCUGGGCUCCCAGACUAGAUACUUCAGUGAGAGUGAUAAGAUUAAAGUUGCUCAGGGUGUUUCUGGAGCAGUGCAGGACAAAGGCUCCAUCCACAAGUUUGUUCCCUACCUGCUGGCUGGCAUUCAGCACUCCUGUCAGGACAUCGGAUCCAAGAGCCUCACACAGCUCAGAGCCAUGAUGUAUUCUGGAGAUCUGAAAUUUGAAAAGAGAACAACGUCAGCUCAAAUGGAGGGUGGAGUCCACAGCCUGCACAGUUACGAGAAACGUCUGUUUUGAGAAGAAGCCAGCCGUUCAGCCUACAGAUGAAGAAUCCUUCCAACAGACACAUUAUGCAAACAUACUAUUUGCCAGACCUUCCUCUAUUCAUACUCUACACACGCACAACUAACUUCUCAUACAAAUUAGUCUUUUAAAGAUCUCUCUCUCACACACACACAUACUAUAUUCUUCCAAGAAUCCAUCAGUCUUCCUGCCAGUGUCAUCUAUGCAUUGUUUGUGUUUAGCAUAGCUGUUUGUGUAUGUGAAGGAGGGGAACUAAGCAUUUAUCAAUCAGUGCACGUGUGAUUGAGAUUGUGAUUGACUCUGAUGCCUUUCAUGUUGUGAUUUAAAAUAAAAUGUCUGGUGUCCAUUUUA